GAGCCCGUCCCCUGGCCCCGGCGGCGGCUGCACUUUCCUCUUUCCGCCCGGCCACGUCGGCACAGGCUGGAGAGGCGGGAGGGAAGCGCCGAGAGGGGCGGGCCUCGCCGGUCGAUGCCCGGCCCUUCUCCUCAGCCCUUGAAACUUAUUCCCGCCCGCAGCAGCAGCAGGUCCUCCAGCUGUGCCCGCUACGAUGAUGUCGGCCUCGCCUUCGCCUCGGUUUGUGUUCCAAGGGCAAUCUACUCUUCUGGAAGAAAACGACUAAAUUUGUUCCUGUGCCCAGGACUGACUGGCUGAUAAAGACAACCAAGAACUCCGAUAAGCCCUUUUAAAGACUUAUUAGCCAAUGGCAGAGCCAAGAAGCUUUAGAACCAAUAAUUUCCUCUGUGUUUGUAUCUUCACAAUAUCCCUUCACCAUACAGUGCUUCCUUCUGAAAAAAACAGAUAUACAAGAGACUGUUCAAAGAGGUUGCUAGAUGCUGUUCCUAAAAAUAUCCCAGCAGAAACAGUGGAGUUGGAUUUGUCACAAAACAGUAUCUCAGAACUGAAAACCUCUGAUUUUAAUUACCUUUCCGGACUACGCAUACUAAAGCUGGCUCAUAAUUUUAUCAGAGACCUCGAUUUCAGCAUCUUCCAGUACAACAAGAAUUUAGAAUACUUAGAUUUAUCCCAUAACAAAUUGUGGUCUGUUUCAUGCCAUCCUAGUACACGCCUCAGUCACUUAAAUCUCUCUUACAACAGCAACCUAUCCAUGGCCAUGUUGUCUGAAUUUGGCAAAAUGUCAAAGCUGGAAUCUCUCGCCCUUAGCGCUAAAAGAAUACAGAAGUCAGAUUCCAGUGUUCUUGCUCGCUUACAACUGGAUACUCUGUUCUUGGAUCUGAAAGACCUUUCUGAAUAUGAAGCUGAAAAUUUACUAGCAUUCAACGCAACGAACCUUCAGGUCACUCUCCCCCCAAAUGAAUUCCAUAUUGUCUUGAAUCUAGACCUCACUACUACAAUACGAUUAGAACUAUCAGAUAUGCAAGACAGUCAUGUCACUGACUUGAACGCCCUUUUGCGUAAACUCAACAAAAAUGUAAGGCUGCGAAAUUUAACGCUGAGUCAUAUGAAAACAACCUUGAUUAAUUUUGUUUCUCUUGUUCAGAACGUUCGGAAUACCACCAUUGAGCAUUUCAAUGUAUAUCACCUCGGAAUUUCACAGUUAGCGCAAUAUUUUAAAGUUCCUGAUUACGCUAAAACUUCACUAAGAUCUUUCACAAUUAAAAAUGUAAAGAUCGAGGAACACUUAUUUCGCCAAGCCAGUAUAUACAGAUUAUUUGCAGAGAUGAACAUUUCAGCCUUUACUCUUUCCAAUGCAAAUGCAGUGCAUAUGCUUUGCCCAUUGAAGCCCAGUCAUUUUACCUAUUUAAGUUUUGCUCAUAAUUCUAUAACAGACUCGCUUUUUGAAGGGUGCAAUACCCUAAAUCUUCUCGAAAAACUUGUUCUACAAGUGAAUCAAUUUAAAGAAUUUACCAAAGUGAGUUUAAUGACCAGCCACAUGAAGUCUCUGAAAUAUCUGGACAUGAGCCACAAUUUAUUGCAACAUGAAGUCCAUGAGAAGGGGUGCCACUGGGGUGAAAAUCUGGUUGAACUGAAUUUGUCAUCCAACCUGUUGUCCGAUUCGGUCUUCCACUGUUUGCCAGUCAACAUCCAAAAGCUUGAUCUACAGAACAAUCAAAUUUCAAGUAUCCCCAACAUGGCUGUUGAACUCAGAGCUCUGCAAGAGCUGAAUUUGGCUUCCAAUAGGUUAACUGAUCUGCCUGGAUGUGGUCAGUUUAGGAGUCUGAGAUUACUGAAUACAGAAAUGAAUUCAAUCAUCACACCCUCUUCCCAGUUCUACCAGGCCUGUCAAAACAUUAUGGAAGUAAAAGCAGAGCACAAUCCCUUCAUGUGCUCCUGUGAAAUAAGAGAAUUCAUUGAUCUUCAAAAACAAGGAUUGGUGGUAUUGUUUGGCUGGCCAGGGUCUUAUCUAUGUGCAUACCCAGAAGAUGUACGAGGAAUCCAGUUACAGAAUUUUCAUGUCUCUGAACUUGACUGCAACACAACACUUUUGGUUGCCGUAGUUCUAGUUAUUACAGUGGUCUUGGCAGCUAUCAUUUCCUUCUUAUGCAUCUAUCUGGACAUCCCUUGGUAUUUGAAGAUGUCGUGGCAGGACUCAAGUGAAACACAGAUUUGGAAAAAUAAUCCUGAAGAAGUUUUUGAUAAUAUGGAAUUCCAUGCCUUUAUCUCGUACAGUGAGCAUGAUUCUCACUGGGUGAAGAACGUCUUGAUUCCAAACCUGGAGAAGGAGGAUGGCUCCAUCCGGAUCUGCCAACGAAGGAACUUCAUUGCAGGCAAGAGCAUUGUGGAGAAUAUCAUCGACUGCAUUGAGAAAAGUUACAGGUCCAUCUUUGUGUUGUCUCCCAAUUUUGUGCAGAGCGAGUGGUGUCAUUAUGAGCUCUACUUUGCCCAUCACAAGCUAUUCCAAGAAAACAACAACAGUUUAAUCCUCCUCUUGCUGGAACCGAUCCCACCCUACAUCAUCCCUGCAAAGUAUUACAAACUGAAAGCUCUCAUGGCCAAGAGGACCUACUUGGAAUGGCCGACGGAGAAGAGCAAGCAGGGACUUUUCUGGACAAAUCUUAGGGCAGCUAUUAAUGUUAAACUGUAUUCAUCUAGCAUAGAAAUAGCUGAGUUGCAGAUAUAAAGUCAAUUUUCAACUGAAAAAUUCUAUUAAGUAACAUAAGGAUUUUUUAUUACAAAGGAAUAAAAGCAUUUAAAUAGCA